AUGGAGGAAGCUACCAUUGAUCAAUCCCUCAACACCAAGAAUGUCUUUACCUCUGCUCUCCGUUUCGCCAUGUCCAUUGACACACUGAAGAACUCUCCUGAGCUUGUUCAUGAACUCAAAACCUCUGCUCAAGAACAAGUGGAAUUCAUGUUGUCCGAGGACGAAGAGGUACGGUUACUGGUUUCUCAAGAGGAAGUGAGAUCAUUCAUCUUGACUUUAAGUGGGCUGAUUGAUGGAUCAAAUGAGAUUCUUAUGGUUGCUCAGAACUGUAAGUUAGAUUCUCGGAUAUUGAGUGUGAAAAUGAAGCUAGUUGAGGUUACAUGGAAGGUUUUAGAAGCGGUAGGUUAUGGAAUCGUGAUUGUUCCUUCUAGAAGCCGAGCUUGCCUUCUCAAGAUAUGGUUGCCUUUCAUAAGGAGAUUGUUACUUUGUUUUCUGGGUUUGGUUAAAACAAACACAUGA